AUGUUUGCCAAGCUCGCCGCCACUCUCACUAUCGUUGCUGUCGUCGCCCAGGCAUCACCCGUCCCCGAUGGGCUCGGCCCCGUCGGCCAGUGCAACGCCGGCGAGACCCAGUGCUGCGACACCACGGGCCCCGCCAAGGACGUCCUCCCCCCGCAGCAGCUCAACGGUCUUCUUGGGGUCGUCAUCCAGGAUCUGAACGUCAUCGUCGGUGUUAGCUGCAUCCCGAUCAGCGUCAUCGGCGUUGAGGCCGGCAACACCUGCUCCUCCAAGCCCGUGUGCUGCGAGAGCGUUGCUUCCAACGGUCUCGUCAACAUCGGCUGCGUCCCCGUCACGCUCUAA